AUGGCCACCCUCUUGAUCACGACAUACUCGCCAAACAAGCACAGCACACUCACAAUUACAGCACAACACAUUCGGCGCUCUCUCGGGAUAGUGAUGAGAAUUUAUGCAAAUGGCUUAGUCAAAUGGACCAAUGAUUAUGACGUGAAUGUGAAUCGCACGUCCAUGACUGCCUCCUGCCACCCCAGAGGCAAUUGCAUUGGCAACCGAGAUGAGUCGUCGUGGCAGUUAUCUGCCAGUUGCAUCUGUCUGUAG